AUGGCUUCUGUACCUCCACGAGCUACAUCCCAACGCCGUUCCUCUCCUCGCGAACCCCAGUGCCAACCUUCCGCGCAAGUGGCACGCGGCGACAGCGAAGCCUUUUCGACUACAUCAGAGGAUUCGCAAACCCUUUUGCUGAACAGAAGACCAUCUAGUCCAACACAAAAGCAAUCCGACGAGCAGAUUGAACCCUCCCAAACCAAUACCGAGCCCACGAAACCCUCAACAUUCGCAGACGAUGACGACGUUCGCAAGUGCUGGAUAUGUUUCCAAGAUGAGACCGAAGAUACACCUGACAGCUCUGAAUGGCGCAGUCCAUGCAAAUGCGCCCUCACCGCGCACGAAGCCUGCCUGUUGGAGUGGAUAGCUGACAUGGAAGCCCCAAAGACUCGCAGAAGAUCCGGAGAACGCAAGGAAAUUUUGUGUCCCCAGUGCAAAUCGAAGAUAGAGAUAUCACGGCCAAGAGACUACAUUGUCGAUGUCGUCCGGGUCGUCGAAAAGCUUACUGGGUCACUCAUACUCCCUGGCAUUGCCGGCGUAAUAGGGUACUCGGGAUACCAGCUAUGCCACAUGCACGGCAUCUCAACGAUAUACCUUAUAUUCGGCUACACUGAAGGCCGCGCAAUCCUCGAGCCUCUCUACCACUUCGGCCAAGGUACAGACUCCCAACAAUCUCUCCUGCUCUCUUUCUUCAAGAACUUCUAUCGAACCUUACCUCUCCACACCGGUGUCACCCUCAUCCCCGGCCUCCUCGUAGCCUCCCGCAUGUCCCUCGCCGAUGGUCUCCUCCCAAUCGUUCCCUUCCUCUUCUUCGCAAGCUCCGGACGUCACAUAAAUAUCGAUUUGUCCAAGUCACCCCUCACCUGGCCUCCUAGUGCCGCACUAUCCUUCGCUCUCCUACCCUACAUGCGUGGCAUGUACAACUUCUACUACGAGAAAGUCUGGCGCGCGCACGAGCGCCGCUGGCUCCGUGAGGUCCAACCACAAUCACGCCAGGACGAGAAUGCGCAAGACGGGGUGCACGGCGACGAUGACGGCAUAUUUCACGCGGCCGACGGCGACGGCGACGUCCUCGAGAUCGGCCUCGAUAUCAUUGUCGAAGACGGCCAUGACCAUGACCAUGACCAUGACCAUGACCAUGACCAUGGCCACGACCACGACCACGACCACAUCGCCGAAGAACACGCCCUCGAAGAAGCCCAUCCGCUCAACGCACCACCCCUCGACGCCGCCGACGCACAGCAAGACGACGACGCAGCACCAGCUCCCAACGUCCCGCGCGCACCCCGCGCCCAACGUCCGCACGAAUACCUCAGCAUAACCCGCCUCGCAGACACGAUCUUCGGCGCCUUGCUCUUCCCCUCCGUCGCUGCAGUCGUAGGCGAACUGCUCCGCUGCUCGCUCCCCAAAGCACUCAUCUCCGCACCGACAUCAGGGCGUCCCACGGGCGUAUUGCAGACGAGAUGGGGCCGGAGUCUGGUUGGUGGGUGCUUGUUUGUGAGUGUACGUGAUGCGGUGAUGUUGUAUGUGCGGUGGCGCAUUGCGCGGAGUCAUCGGAAGCGGAGGAUUGUGGAUUGGGAUAAGGUGCGGAAGGAGUAUAAGAAGGUUGGGGGUCAGGAGAGGGUUUGA